GGGAAAUCAAAUGCAAUUCUGAUACAAAUAAAAAAUGUGUUGUCUACAACCUGUUUUUAUAUUACAGAAAAUGGAAUGUAAAGAAGGAAAGCGACAAAAAAGACCAACUAUUGAAUACUACCGUAUACCUGCAUCAAGAUCUAGUCGCACUGUUGCGUUAAAAGAGUCUGAUGAUGACAACAAUAACAUCAAUGACCUGGUCAUUAGAGUCGACAGAAAUCUCUUUGAGAACACAAAUGAUAAUUGUAUAAAUAGAAAUAUCAGAAAAAAUCAAGAUAUUCCAGAAAAGCAUGUUCAAAGCAAUAGACAACAUAGCAAUGACCAGAGGGCAGAAAAAGACUUAGAUCAUGGUCAUAUAAGUGUUAGCAACAUCAGCUCCGAUGAAUCACCAACAAAGGCAUCCACACCACACAGACAGAUUAGUGUUGAUUUAAGUUCUUUGAAGAAUGUAGUACAUAGACAUAUUAAUGUAGAAAUAUUAAGUCACAGGUUACAAAGACAGAUACGAGUAAAUAAGUUUUUAUCAUGUCACAAGCCAUCAGAAGUCAGGGUACUUUUCAAAGCUUACAGAAAUCAAGAAUGUUCCAAAGAGGAAUACUUGAACAUUUUAAAGAUUAUCUUGAAAGAUGUAUUGACUGGCAGAGAUAUAUUACUUGGUGCAGAAUUCUGCAAAUCAUUAUAG